AUGAAUUCACACCCAAUCUUGAAAAGGGUACCUAAAUUCCUCCGUCCAUUUGCACUGAGAUUCAUUCACGCUCCCAUCUCCCACGUCACAGCAUUCCUCAUCCUCCAUGAGCUUACAGCUAUCAUUCCCUUGAUUGGCGUGUGGUACGUCCUCCACAAGUACCACCUCUCCAUCCCCAUGGAUUUGCCGUCAUGGGCCAUUGAUAAGGGCACAAAGGUGAUUGAUUCAUCGAUGGCCAGGUUCGACUUCACCGGUUGGAAUGUCAAUGAAAAGUUUACGUUCAUGAUGGAAGGCGCAUAUGCUUUCGUUAUCGUGAAGUUCUUGUUGCCGGUCAGGCUCAUGAUCAGUUUGGGUCUCAUGCCCUGGUUUUCCAAAUGGGUGGUGGUUCCAUUCACCCGGAUUUUCAAGAGGAAGCCCAAGGCUCCCAAGGUCGAAGUCAAGGACAGUGUCAAGAAGGUGGAAAAGCCCAGGUUGUAG